UAAGCGGGUGGAGAAACUGAAGAAAGGGGCGGAAAUUUCGAGGUAUAAACAACUCACCCUCUCCCAUUACUCACCGCUCUCUACCCACCAAGCUCACAUUGCAAUCCUCGACGCCUUCUCACUUCUCACACCGACAAAAUCAGCUCCGAUUUCCUGCUGGAUCUCUGCGGUUAUUGCCAGCUGAGCACCAUGGAGUCCGCCGCCGCUCUCCGCUCUUUCGAUUAUGCAGUUGGAACAAAUUCCCACAUUAAGUCUGUUCUUCAAAGACCUGGCAUUGCUGCAUUCUGUGACCUAAGCAAAUUGCCUGCUUAUGGUGGAAGGAAUCUUUCAUCUAGAAAAAGACACGCGGCACUACUUGUUUCAUGUGCAAAGACCUCGGAAGCUACUAUUUCAGCCAAAGGUGAUCGUAAUGGAGCUGUUCUAUCAGAUAAAAAAUCGAAUGGCGCAGUAGAGAAAAAGACACCAAUAACUGCAACUUUUCCCACUGGUUUUGAGACCCUGCUGACAGAAGUUUGCGAUGAGACAAAGAUCGCUGAGCUGAAAGUCAAGUUAGGAGCCUUGGAGAUCCACAUGAAGCGGAAUAUUGAUGGCCCGGCAAUCCCAGCACCUGUUGUUCCUCAUGCAACAGAAUCUCCGGUUCCAAGUAAACCUGCUGUUCCUCCUCCAUCACCAUCUAAGGCUUCUGCAGAAAAAGCAAGUUCAUUUACAAAUGUCUCUGCUGAGAAGGCUGCUAAAUUGGCAGCCCUGGAUGCUUCUGGAUCCAGUGGGUAUGUUAUAGUAUCAUCACCCACGGUCGGUUCAUUCAGAAGAGCCAGGACUCUCAAAGGAAAGAAGCAGCCACCUGCCUGUAAAGAGGGUGAUCUGAUCAAGGAGGGACAAGUGAUAGGCUUCUUGGAUCAGUUUGGCUCCGAACUCCCUGUCAAAUCGGAUGUGGCUGGAGAAGUCCUAAAGCUCCUUUUCAGUGAUGGAGAAGCCGUUGGUUACGGAGAUCCACUCGUCGCUGUAUUGCCAUCUUUCCGUGGUAACAAGUAAUGCCGCCUAAAAUGGCCGCCAACACAUUCACCGAAGCAUUGUGCUUUUGCUACGCCUUUGCAAAAUCUCGAGAGACAGUUCCGUUUCUUUCUUCUUUUAUGUUUCGCUUGGCAGCUGUUUCUAUUACUUCUGCUUUGAAUUAUUCUUGAUAAUAAGAUUUUUGUUAGUUUUA